UUUGAAAAGAUGAAAUAUGCUCUGCAUUGUAGUAUUACUUGCAUGAAGGAAUUGAAUCAUAUGAAAGCUAAGAAGGCUGAAGCGGAAAGGAUAUAUAUUGCUGCUGAAGUGCAGGCUGUAGUAGCAGAGAAGUCUGCUGUUGUAACUGGGGAUUCUUCCUUUGAAGGUUUCGAUUGGAAUUCUGUAGAUUUGGGAGAUUCUGUAGUAGAUUGGUUAGGCUUUCUGAAGAGUGAGAUUUCCGAAGCUUCUGGAUUUCGGUUUGGAGCAGAGCGAUUGUUUUAG